AUGGGUUCUGCCGAGACUCGUCGGAUCAAACAGUCUACAAGCUCAGCUUGGGUGUCUCCUGAACGAGUCAAUCAUACCAAUGAUCGGAUUGACAAUGUCGAGUCGCGGCUCAACCAAAUGGAACUGCGCAUGGAUCAGUUCAUAAAAGGGAUGUCUUCGAAGGAUACAUCAACAGCUGCAUAUCAACACCACGAACCCCCACAGGUGUCUCUGCCGGAAGAAUAUCAUCCGGACCAGUAUAUACUAGAUUUCGAUCACAUCAACCUAGACCAAGUCAACCAACUACUGUCCCAACAGCAAUCGAGCCUACCUCCAUCUUCCGAGCAGAUCAUCUCAUCAGACUAUGAUCUGGCCGCAGACGAGCCAGUACCCAUCGUGGACAGCUCGUAUCCAAGCCUCCCUCCGUUGACAACGAUCCAGCCCGCAAUCGAGGUCUAUUUUGCCCACCAGAACUCGCUCAUCCCACUGUUCUCGCAAUCAACCUUUCUCCGCAUGUUGCAAGACUACUACUCAUUCAACUCUCGAUACCCCCGAACAGCGUGGGCAGCGAUCAACGUUGUCCUGGCUUUGGCAGCCCGUCUUCCAGCAUCACCCUCCAACGACCUCGACUUGGGUCCUGGUGAUAGUCAGGUUGCAAAGAACGUCAACAACGCCCUGUCUGUCCUUGCCGAGCUCGUCACUGGUGAGGUUGAGCUGUUGGGCCUGCAGGUCAUCAUAGGUCUCGUCAUCAUCUUCAACGCGCUCAAAGACUCCCGCCCAGCGGUAGUGUUGAUAGGCAUGGCCGUGCGGCUUGCCCACCGCCUCCGUCUCCACAUUCGAGAAGGACAAGACUCUCUGUCUGUGGACGAGAUGCUCCAACGCAGCCGCGUGUUUUGGAUUACCUAUAUCUUUGACAAGGACAUCUGUCUGCGACACCAUACUCCUUCGGUGCAGGCCGAUGGCGCCAUCGACGUAGAUCUGCCAUCAGAGCAUCCACCUGACGAUGUUGGAAUCGUCCAUACAACUGAUGGCCGAACCAGUGUCAAUUUUUUCCGGCUUCGAGUAAGGCUGGCUUAUAUCCAAGGCCGAGUGUACGACCUGCUCUUUGCCACGCAAGCCACCAAGAUCACUCCACAGGAACGUCGAGCCCGGAUCGCGUUCCUUCACAACCAGCUAGAGCAGUGGAGGCGGACCGUCCCACCCGAAUUGCAAGCAAACGUCGUUGUCAAUCAUGUCAAUCGAGCAGCUCUUCUUUGGCUGUGCAUGAUGCAUUUCUCAUACCUCGGAUGUCUAGUGAUGAUUCACGGGAUCUGGAGCUUUGAUGCGGAGUGGCGCAGCCGCCUAACCACCAGGCAUGACAAUAUUGAUGUUAGCAUUGCCGCGAAUGGGCAGAACUCCAACUUGACGACACCAACACCGCCACCACUACCCAGAGGCUGGCGAAACUGCGUGUUGAUGAGCAGAAAUUGUAUGGUAAUGAUCUCCAAAAUGUCUCUUAGCGACUGCAGUGUAUGGGCAAACGGAUGCGCUUACUUUUCAGCUCUGUUAAUUCUCGAAGCCAACGUCUUUGAAUCUCCACUGGACGAGAAUGUGGACUCAGAUCUGCAACUUACGGGCUCUGCCGUGGGUAUUCUCAACAGAAUGAGCGAGGCUUCGACUCUCAUGGCAAUGAAACGCAUGAAUGUGGUGGCUUCAGAGCUUGAUCGUCGCGCGCGACAGGUCGUGCAUGAGGCGCGACAAAACGCGAGAGCCCCAAGGGUACGGUCAGAUCCCAGGUAUCAAACUCCUAAGAUGCCUCUCUCGAGCCAGACCUCUCCCGCCCAGCUGCAGUGGGACUGGGCAAACAGUGGAGUGGAAGCCUGGCCCGGUAUGGACUUUUCUCUGAAAGAAAAUACCAUUUCACUUCCCAGUAUCGACAUGUUCGACAUUGCACUGGGACUGGGCCCGUUUGGGGAAUGGAAUAACGUGCAGAUGGAUAAUCUGUUUGACACUGACCACUUUGCUGAGCUUACUGCUCUUCUUGAACCGAUGUGA